AUGGUCUUCGACGUAGUAUAUCGCAUCUGGUACGGAUUCAUAAAUCCACCCGCAAGCACCAAAAAGGAUGACGCCAUUCGCUUUGGACUCCUCGGAGCAUCGAACAUCGCUCCAGUUGCACUGAUCGCUCCUGCCGCUUCUCACUCGGAAGUAAUCAUAGCAGCAGUCGCAGCACGAGACCGGGAUCGAGCCGAGAAGUAUGCCAAAAAACAUAACAUUCCAAUCGUGCACUCCACAUAUGAAGACCUUCUCGACGACCCAAGCAUAGACGCGAUCUACAUUGCUCUCCCAGACAGCACACACUACGAAUGGGCGCUUCGAUCCCUAGCAGCAAAGAAGCACGUUCUCUUAGAAAAGCCCAGCUGCUCAAAUGCCACAGAAGCCAGGGCUCUAUUCACACAUCCACUGGCUACAAAGCCCGGUGCCCCAGUUCUUCUAGAAGCAUUCCACUACCGCUUCCACCCUGCGUGGCAAACAUUCUUGGAUCUAGUUCACAAAGCGCCGCAAGCAGGUAAAAUUAAAUCUGUAUCUGCGGAACAGUAUUUCCCGAAAUAUGCGUUCGGCGCGACCGAUAUAAGAUGGCAGUAUGAGCUUUCUGGUGGGUGUAUGAUGGACUUCGGGACAUACCCGAUGAAUCUACUGAGGCAGGUUCUGAAAGAAGAACCGACCGAGGAAUCGCUUUCUGCGGAGGGAAGACAAGUUUCGUUUCCCGGGCUUCCAUUUAAAGAGCAGGUUGAUGAGGCUAUGAGGGCUACUUAUGUGACUAGCAGUGGGGCUGUUGGGAGGAUGAAUGCCGAUUUAAGGUUUGCGGGCGGGUGGCCUGUUCUUCCGGGGUUUUUGUCGGGAAACCUUCCUAGUAUUGCGUGGCCGAAGUGUGAGGUUGAAUGUGAUGAGAAGGAAGUUGAGGUUGAUGCAGGCGAGGAGGGGGGUGGGCGAAGCUGUUUCGUGAAGAGGAAGGUUGUGAUUUGGAAUCAUCUUAUGCCGAGUAUUUAUCAUCGCAUUGAUGUCGAGGAUACUUAUUCUGUGCGCAGGGGAAGUGAAGUUUUGAGGACGUGGAAGGAUGCACGAAAUCUGAAUGCAUAUACAUGGCCUACUGGGGACAAAAGAGCUGGGACGAGUGGGGGUGGGAAGGAGUGGUGGUCGACAUAUUUUUAUCAGCUUGAAGAGUUCGUGAAUAGGGUCAAAGGACGCUCGGGAAGUGGCGUUUGGGUUGAUGGGGAGGACAGUAUUAAACAGAUGGAGGCUAUUGACUUGGUUUAUAAGAAGGCUGGGAUGAAGGCAAGGCCAACUAGUGAGUUUCAACUAUGA